AUGGUCCGUCUUUUAAAUAAUUUCACUCGCGUGUGUAAAAUAACUGAAGAAGGAGAAGAACUUUGUGCAUGUGAUUACCGAAUCAACCUAUAUGAUUGUCCACAAAGUGAAUUUUAUGUUUUAGUGGGAAAGAUAUUGAUAGGGUUUUGUACAUUGGCAACAAUAAUGUCUGGCGGAUUUUUAUUCUACCUUAUCAAAAUUAAGAAGCAACCGUUCUUCUUGAAUGGCAGCAGAGGAAGAGGAUGGUUGAGGCCUAGACCUUUACAUUCUUAUCAUUUGAUAGUGUUUACUUAUAUGCUUUUCGAAGGGCUUCAUUUAAUAUUGUUGGUAAAUGAAUCAUAUCCCAGCAUCAUAGCAGCUGAAAUUGGUAAUGUUUUGAUAAAUUUAUGUACGGGGGCUGUUUCUGUAUUUUACCCCGUUAGUAUAGUUUAUUCCACACCAAACAUACGAUUCGAAAAUGAACCGUCGAAUCUCAGAAACUUAAACGAAACAAAUCCACGUAUGGUUGACAUCAUUGGAAUUAUAUUAUUUAUACAACCGAUAAUCUCGUGGUUGCCUUUGGCCUCAAUAACGGGAUAUUACGCCGAAUUAAAUGAUAUAAAGAUGGCAAACAUUUUAUUUAUGGCAUAUUACCUUGCUUAUGUACUUUGGGAAAUUGCGUAUAUUGUGAUAUUAGCAUAUUUUUGGUUCAAGCUAAUGUCUAUAAUCAAACAUCAUCUUAAAAUACUAGAACAACAUGAUCCUAAUAGUAAACAGGUCAGAGGUAUCAAACAAGGCACCAAAAAUUUAACCAUACCUGUUAUGGCGAUAUUUUUUGGAUUAUUAUUUCAGUCGAUGAUAUAUGUCGUUAUAAGUUUAACAUAUCGAAAUAAUACAAUUUUUUAUUUUGGAUAUAAUUUAUGUUUUUAUUGGAUGGAAUUUGUUGCUUUCCCAUUAUUGGGAAUAGGUAUUGAAAGUGCUUUGAUUUACAAUGCAUUCAUGAAUACAAGAAAGCCACAAAACUCUUCUAGUUUAAUUUCAUCAUCAUCGAAAACUAUUUCGAAUAGUAAUAUUAGUACGGAUGAUCAUUUUAGUAGUACAACAAGAGCUAAUCCAACAGUUAUUCAUUGCACUUCUGAAACCAUUGAAAUUAAAACAUCCCUUUAG